CUGUCACGUGCUGAUCAACUGUUACCAAUGAAAUUCUUAACGGAUUCGGGCUUCGUUCGCGUUAGAGGCUACAUUGAUUUCUGGAGGCAGUGUUUUUAACUCUUUCCCUCUAACCUCUUAUUGUUUGUGUGUACGUUGUUUAACGCCUUAGAUAGAAACAGAAUACGCCUAGAGGCCCAAUCAUAAGUUGUAUUUCCUUAUCAAAGAGUUACAGUGCAGCAAAGUAUCCUGAGACUCCUACAUGGUCCAGAGCCAGAUAAAGUAGGAUCUCACACAAAUCGGGCUGGCAAUUGCCUUGCAGCAGAGCCAUCAAGUCAACAAGAAGAAGAAGAAGAAGAAGAAAUUCUUAACCUAAUAUUUUAUUAUUAGUAGUAAAAUUUUAAGAUUCGUAGGUUAUCUAAAAAACACAAAACUUACUUAAAAGCCGUCCCUAAAUCCUAAAAUGCGUGUCACCCAAAUUCUCUUAAAACAACAUAUAGGGUGGCAUUUUCAAAAGCAUUGGCGAUUCCAAGGCAAACGAAGAGUGAAUGACACUGGAGCUGAGAAAGUUUUAAAAGAAAAAGGUAUUCCUGUGGAGGAUGCCAAUGCCUUCCUAAAAGAAAAAAUUGUCAGAGAAAGAGUUGAAGUUGUUUCUUAUGGUGAAAAAGUCCAGCCUCUCGACAAAACACAUCCAAAUUGGCAUGACAGGAAACUGUUGACCUACAAGGACAACAAUGUUCUGUUAGAGGGGCUGAUUCAAGCACAAAUUUUAACCAAUACAGUUCAAAUACAAGAAGGUCUUCCAGCCAAAUAUGAGUUGCCAGAAAUUAAGAAGGAACUUAACAGAAGGAUCAAGGAAGUUAUAUUAGGAGCUCACAUAUUGGAUGCCGAACAGAAAAAAUUACCCAAACUGUUUGAUCCAUUAAGGCCUGCAUUUAAUUUUCCAAGGGUUUAUGGUGUAACACAAAAUAGGGUAUUCAAAUUACUUGUCAGCAGGCUUUUAAACCUAGUUGAAACAACCUCAGACAUAAAUGUGACUAGGCAAAGGUAUUUAGCUGACAAUUUAUACUUUUCAUAUCCCUUUGAAAGAAAUGGGGAUUUAAUUCAAUUUCAACUGCAAGGAGAUACAGUUUUAUUAGCGAAAAAUCCGUUAGCACCAAUUACAAGGCAGCCUAUUAAUGAACUGGACCUACCUGACAUUUUCCCCAUUAAACCAACAGUUACUCUUAACGAAGAAAAUAUUUAUGUUGUGGAGAACAUUUAUCCUGUUAAAAAAAAUGCACCCAAGUACCACCCUCAUACAUUAUUUAUAAACUAUGACAAGGAAUUUGUAAGAAAUAUAUUUGAGGAGGAGGUCACCACAGAACAGAUAUAUGGAAGAACACUUUUAAAAACAUUUACAGCUGCUGCUUCUUACGCGAGGGCACAAUACGGGGAAGACAUUAAAAAGCUUCCACAGCCUGUAACACUACAAGCAGUUCAAACUGACGGGCGAAUAUUUUACUUUGGAGUACUCCAGUUAAACACCUUAGACUUGGAAAGUCCGGAAAUUAAAAAUGUUUGGUAUCAAACUGCUGGAAUCGAUUUAUUCCAGAAAUGUUGCUAUGAGCUCGGAAAGCCUGUAUUAGAAGGUUAUAAUAAGGAAGCUAUAAAGCAUCUCUUUGCUUUUUAUAAUAAUGUGUAGGAAAUAUGAACAAUAUGUUAAGGGCGAUUUUUUGAGUAAUUUUUUAAGUGAAGUUUGUACAAAACCUUUUAUCCAUGGAUAUAGUUAUGGAUAUCUUAUUAGGGAUAUAGUUUAAAAACAAAACCUUUCAACUUUUCAAAGUUUUAUUAAAAUGUUUGUCAAACAGAAGCUCUUUUUAUGGUCUGCAUGCCAGUCAUUGGUAUGUGAGCCGGAUGGUAACAAUUAUCUAGAAGCAAUCUGAAAAAAAAGAUAAAGUUAUUCAUGUCUACAAGAAAUUAAAAGAACUUUUCUUUGUUGUGUA